AAAUGUAUGUUUCUACUCCAAUGAUACUCUCUCGCAUCUUCCGCGUCGCCGGACGCCAUCUCUCUCGACGUGUCCACUCUAGAAUCUUCUCCGUCGCAGAACAACAGAGCUUAAAUCUCCAACCAACUCCAUGUAUUAUUCACAACAAAGCUUCAAACUUUAUCAUUCCAAAACCAUUCCACAGUCCUCCUUCCCUCGAAACCCAACAAACCGAACUUUCGCAAGACGCCGACAAAAUCUGCAAGCUCCUCUCCAAACCCACCGACUCAACAACAACAACCACCGUCUCAACCCUCCUCGACAAAGCCUCCAUCGAACUCUCCCCGCCACUACUCGAACAAGUCCUCAAGAAGCUCAGCAACGCCGGGGUCCUAGCCUUCUCCGUGUUCCGAUACGCAGAGAAACAAAACAACUUCAAGCACACAACCUUAACCUACAACGCGCUCAUCGAGUCUUUAGGGAAGAUCAAACAGUUCAAGCUCGUCUGGAGUCUUGUUGACGAGAUGAAACACAAGAAGCUUCUGAGCAGAGACACGUUCGCGCUGAUCUCGAGACGCUACGCACGUGCGAGGAAGGUUAAAGACGCGAUCGCCGCGUUUGAGAGGAUGGAGGAGUACGGGUUCAAGAUGGAGGUUAGUGAUUUUAACCGUAUGCUUGAUACUUUGAGCAAAUCAAGAAACGUCGGUGAUGCACAGAAGGUGUUCGAUAGAAUGAAAAGGAAAAGGUUUGAGCCUGAUUUGAAGUCUUAUACGAUUUUGCUCGAAGGGUGGGGUCAGGAGAUGAAUCUUUUGAGGGUUAACGAGGUUUACGGGGAGAUGAAAGACGAAGGUUUCGAGCCUGAUGUUGUUACUUAUGGGAUUAUUAUCAACGCGCAUUGUAAAGGUAAAAAGUAUGACGAGGCUAUUAGGUUGUUUAAUGAGAUGGAGAUGAGGAGUGUGAAGCCGAGUCCUCAUAUUUUCUGUAGUUUGAUUAAUGGGCUUGGGUCAGAGAGGAAGCUGAGCCAUGCUCUUGAGUUUUUCGAGCGGUCGAGGAGUUCGGGGUUUCUGCUUGAAACUCCUACUUACAAUGCGUUGGUAGGAGCUUACUGCUGGUCACAGAGAGUUGAAGACGCGUUUAAGGUAGUGGAAGAGAUGAGGUUAAAAGGGGUUGGGCCGAAUGCUAGGACUUAUGAUAUAAUACUCCAUCAUUUGAUCCGUAUGCAGCGGACGAAAGAAGCGUAUGAGGUUUAUCAGAGGAUGAGCUGUGAGCCGACGGUGAGUACUUACGAGAUCAUGGUGAGGAUGUUCUGUAAUAAAGAGAGAUUGGACAUGGCGGUCAAGAUUUGGGAUGAGAUGAAAGGGAAAGGUGUUCUUCCUGGGAUGCACAUGUUCUCUAGUUUGAUCACAGCUUUGUGUAAUGAGAACAAGUUGGAUGAGGCGUGUGAGUAUUUCAAUGAGAUGUUGGAUGUGGGUAUUAAGGCACCGGGGCAUAUGUUUAGCCGUCUUAAACAAGCGCUUCUCGAUGAAGGUCGGAAAGAUAAAGUGGCCGAAUUGGCUGUGAAGAUGGAUAGGCUGAGAAAAACUCAACUCCUUGGCUGAUAUGACUAGGUUUUUCCUUCUUGCUCGUGUCUUCUUACUACACUUUAUUUCAUGUUUUUCGACUAUUGGAUUGUUAUGACCUAUGAUCUA